AUGUUCAUCUCGCAGUCAAAUUUGAAUACCUCAUCCUUUUCUCCCAGUUUCUACACUUACGGUGAUGCGAACCUGGAAUGGUGUUUGGAACGCUUGGACUCGAAUUACCUACAAAAUUACGAUGCGAUCACUCUGGAUAAUAGUGUCCCCUUGGAAGCUUCUUGGGACAAACCGCGUUCGGUGAAACUCACGUGUGAACCUGAUCCCAUGGCACCAGAUCCGGAUCGGCAAUGCACCGUCUCACUCAGCUAUCGACUUGAGGACAUACGCAAUGUGUACCCGAAUUUCGUACUCAACCUUUUGACCAAGUUACUCUUGGACGGUGACAAUGCGCCACUCUAUCAGGGUCUGAUCGAAUCCGGUUAUGGAUUGGACUGGGCCGGACCGGUUUGCGGUAUGGAUCAGGGCGCGCGCACGACCAGUUUCCACGUCGGUGUUCAAGGAGUCCGUGUAGAGGAUUUGGACCAAUUCACCGAUCGCGUGCGUGAUAUUUUGGCCGGUGUAGUGCGGAGUCAGGUACUCGUUUCGGGAUCCGUUGGAGUCACUCCCUCCUUCCCUAGCAAGCGUGAAAAGAAACGCAAUGGUGUUUACACCGUCAGAAUCCGUCCGCAGAUUGAAUAA